UGGGCCGCACAGGUUAGUCGAAUUUUACGCGCACUACCGAUUGGACGUCUCAACCUGAAACUAAGCGCCUCGCAGCCUCGAAAUCUUGGGCGCGCGCAGAAAUUUCCUAUAGAGCAGCGUGGUGGCGGAAAGCCAUUCGAAACAGGGAUCGAUUUCAAAUGCGCUUUGUCAAAUUGGUUUCGGUGAAUGCAACACUUGAACACAACGUCUCCGCAUUUUGAAGAGCCCGCGAUUCGACAACUCAUCGCCCAUCUAGUCUCCGAUGAUUGAUGAUUGGAAAAUUGAAAAAUUAAGCAAAGUGUGAUCUUGUGAGUUUAUUCAAACGACCAAAGCCGCUUAGCGCGCAUAAGUGAAGUGAAACCAUUUGGGAGGUUUUCCAGAGCAGAAGUGGUGAUUGUCGCUUAUAGGUAUUUGGUUGAUCUUGACGAUUCGAGGGUUACGAUUUCCCAAAUUUCAUACUCGGAACAAAGCGUUUAUGCUUGAUUGGUUUUUCGAUUUCGCUAGAUCAAGCCUCGUAGUGGGAAUUAAUAGUUUGGUCCAUUCCGAAGAAAAUCAACCAGCUAAUCGAACGAAGAGAAGUGUGCCCGCUAUCGAGAGUUGAAGAGGCGAUAGUGGAAACCUGCAGAAGUGUGUGAAAGAUUGCAAUUGCCCGGUGACCCUGAGGAAAGCGAAAGGAAAGAAGUUUGCGCGCUCGAGUGAGAAAUUCAAGAGAUUGGAAAUAGUAGAAAAAAAGGCGACGAGUGUGGAUUAUACGCUAAAGAUACUUGCGCUUGUGCAUCCGGUUGCAUUCAGGACUGAAUCGAUAGAGAGCGAGGCGAAGUUUACGACCGUUGUUUUUGGCAACUUCCCGCCAUCGGACGUUCGAUCAACCUGUGCGAAGUCUACGUGCCCACUUCUGGAGGGCCCCGUGGGCCACAGAGCUAACAAUCCGAUGAAAUGAGGUGGAGCAGACUACUCAUAACGACUGUUUUGUCGUUAUUUGUAAUUUUCGGAUUAAUUGAUGCCAUUAACGCCCAACGAGGUUCGGUCCGGUUUGACCGGCAACGAUCCCACUCCUCAUCAUCCUCAAGGCCAUGGAUAGACGACACAGUUCUGCUGGAAAGUGAAGAAAACUACAGCCGCAGCAAUGUUCGUCGGCGAAUUCCUACCUCUCAAGCUGCGGAGCAGUCCUCCAGAACCGUCGCCAGCCGUAGCCGGAGUCGACCGACCAAAGCUCAACCAACUUCAACACGGUCCCAAGAGUUAGACAGCAGUGAAGAGGAUUUUGAACAGCGACUGACGACCAAGGAACAGUUCGCACCAAGCUUGCGCAGUGAGGUUGUGUAUCAGAAUGACUUUGCUCGAAGAUCUGAUAAGGGCUCGGAAGAGACAGUACAGCAGCGGAGGAAGUCGCGACUGAGAGGGGAUUCAGGUGGUACGACGAGUACGAGCACGGUGGCGAGUGUAAGGGGUGGUCGAAAGCUUGGAGGUAGAGGAAGCAGUAGUAGCAGAUUUUCGAAUGAAGUUGAAGAGGUUGUGCCGAGCUCGUCCACCCGAUCUGUAGAAAGUCGAACAAGAGGAAAGAUCAAAGCUAUUUCGAAGGAAAGGAAUGAAGAUGUAUCGUCGGAUGAAAACUAUCCGGAAGAAUUCAAAAAGUUGCUGAAAGCGAAAUUCAAAGAAAACAAGUUGAAGACCGUAAAUAAGCUGGAGUCAUCAACGGAAAAUGAUUUCGGGAAAUCUGGUGAAAAAGAUGUUCCACGGUUCAAGGUGAAGGUUUUGAGUACAACCACAGAAGGUACAACAACUACUGUGAAGGUGAUAACUCCAAGACCAGCGAGGAAAUUUGCCUCGGCAUCUUCUGGAGAGUCUAACGCAACUUCAAAACCGGCACCCUCAAGAAGUAGAACAUCGUCAUCUGAGGAGUCAAGCGAAAAUUCAAGAUCAAGAAGCAGAGCUUCUAGCCCUACUGUUGCAACUCCUCGAUCCUCCAAGAAACUGGUUACCCCGAGAUCUAGAACCUCGUCUACUACAACAACCACUACAACUGAAGAGUCAUUUGCUACAGAAAUAGCCUCUACUACCCCAAGAUCAACCAGAGCUUACUCACGUAGACCUAGCAUUGUUAGUCAACUGACUUCAACCACUACGACGUCAACGACGACCAGAAAGCCGUAUUCUCCAACUACGAGAAGUACUGCACCAGGUAAACGCACGUUUUCUGCACCUUCUACUGCAUCCGCUUCUCUGGCCAAUUCCGCUGAAACGGAAUCGAAACGUGAUAAUAGUUUCGUGAUUUCAUCCCUUCGUAAUCCCAGUGCAUUCCGUUCAGCUUCAGCGCAGAGACAAUCCCGUAAACCGAUCUCUUCUAAUGCCGAAAUCAACAACGAAGUAAAACCAGUCGUUAUUCCUUCUCGUUCUAAGGCACUUUCCUCACUUAAUACGCUGAAACGUUCGCAGUCAGCCAGCGGUUCGAGAGUACCAAACCGUUUUGAAUCCAACCUCAAGAAGACCCCGGUCUAUACCCCAACCAUCCCUAGCUUCAGGGCUACACCACCAUCGACGUCAACGGCAAAGGUUAGACUUGAAGGCCACUCUUUGCUAACGACUGCUAACGCUUCCACCGCCUACACCACCAAAACCAUCAGCACCACCGCCAAGAACAGCACCUUCCCUUCCAGUGCGGCAGUACUCGCUAACGAAAUAGAUGUCGACGACGGGGAAGAAGAAGGAGAAGAAGUAGUAGAAGAUGAAGAAGGAGGAGGAGGGUUGCUUCUCGGCCAGAGCCGUCCCCACAGACUUCGGAUGGCUCCUUUGGACGAGGAUGGCAAUGACAGUGGAAGCGAGCGUGAGGUGGAACCAGUGGCCGCCGGGUUGACCCAAAGCCGCAUCGAUGUCGACACGCCAAACAAUGUGCCCUCGGUGACCGUAUCGAUCUUUAGUGCCCUCUCGGAGAUCCUCUCGCAGCCAACAGAAAGUUUACCAUUUUUGUCUUCUAGCACCGAUGCACCGGCACCUCCCUCUUCUUCUAGCACUUCGACGACAACUACUACGACUACAACAACCACCACCACCACCACCACUACUACCACUACCACCACCACCACGCCCAAGCCAAGCACUUUGCGAAAGCCUUCAACCAAGGUACUGGACUUUGGUAGCACCUCUGCUAUGCCCACCGCAUUGGUCGUAGCGUCUGUAAAUACUAGCGAACCAAGCGAUAUUACCACUAUUGUAAAUAAUACUCCUGCCGAGGGGACCACUAGCGUCCAGCCCACUACGGCGGUGGUGGACAGCGUACGCCCCGAAUCAAGCAUGUUAUCCGAAACGGGUGAACUCAUUAACACCAACGAUUUGGAAAGUGUUUUCCGACCAAGAUUCUUGGAAUCCGAAGAAUACGAAGUCCCGAUCCCUACUUCAACCGAACGUUCCUUAGCCAUCAGUGCUAGCGAUCCUUUGUUGAACGACCUUUUUCCUUUCUCUCAGACCCCCAAAUCCCCAGAAACCACCACUGCUCCUACUACGGUCACUGUUGAGGAACCUACAACUACCAUGACCACUUCCGCUACCGAGAGCAUGCUAACGAAGUCGCUCACUAACACGCCACUAACAGAAAGCGCUGAACCUUCGACCUAUCCAACAACGACUCCUUCGGUUCCAAUGACUACGGAUCAAAUGACCUCCACGGCUCCGUUGUUUGCUUUGGACAUUCGUAGUGGAAACUCGGGAAUACAGCAUGCGCCAUCUACCACAUCAGCCGAGCCAGAAAACACUUUCAUGCCUAGCACUGCUACUCCUAGUUCCAUUGAUACCACCCCCUUCAUCACCGCCAAUGCCAUCACUACAGAUGCCAUCGCCUUCCACACCACCACAACCACCACGAACAACAACAGUAGUGCUAUGCUUUCAAACUUGCCGGGUGAGGACAGUGUCUCAGAAUCGCUCGCUUACACUAACGUUACUAAAUCACCUCCACUGACUCACACCGAACAACCAACGACAGCAUCACCUACGACGACUGCUGAGCCGCCAACGACAACUACGGAGUCGGAACAGACAACCAUCACCACGAUCGUGACGUCGGCCCCAAUGACCGUAAGUAGGACUACCGAAUCGUUUCAAAAUUCCUUCGAAGCCACGAUGGCUGCCCCUUCUCGGUUCCCAUUCAAUGUAACCCCCCAAGUACGAAUCCUAACGUCCGAAACUCCCUCCGAGUAUCACCCAAGAUUUGCCGUGCGUCCUGCUAUUGUCGGGGUUGCACAGAGUUCCACCACCACCACCACAAGCACUUCUAGCACCACAACCACCACAAGUGCACCAUCUCUGCCCUCAAGCAGCCUUCGCACCGCAGAACUAACUUCGCCAAAACCUAGAUCACGCGGAAUCGUUGUUUACGGUAUCCUCCCGAAUAAUACAGUCAUUCGACGAAUUAUCGGAGGAGACGACGAGCCAUCAACCACCACCGAAAACCCUCGUAUCGUUUAUGGUAUCUACGCGAACGGUACCAUCGUCCGUCGAUAUCCCAACGGUACGAUCGUUCCGGACCGACCUCGACAACGUGGACGCGUCGAAAUCACCGAUAUUGAUCCCCGCCAGCUACGGGACCCAAACAGUCCCAUCUAUCGAGAACCUUCCACGAUCGCUCCGGAAACUAGUUCAACCACUAUUGCUACCAGCACCACUACAACUGCAUCCCCAACUAGAAUCACCACUACCACUACCAUUCCGAACGAAGUAACGGGGACAACAGCGAUCAUUGAACUAUUGAGAAAGUACAACGAGGACAAUCAACUGGACACUAAAGUCAAGUCUGACAAUGUGUUCAGCUUGGCAGUGAGCCGCACCUCCAAGGGUGGAAGUAAUCCAAGGAAAACCGAUGGACCGACUAAGGUUUCUCUGGACAUAGAUUUCACGACAAAGAAGCCAAAGGAAGAGGUUCGAAUCAAUCGCCCAAAUGCUCCGGAUUUGAUUUACCGUUGGAAACCGACAACAGAUAGUGAAGAGGUCAUUGCAGUUGUUUCGAGCACCGAGGACGUGGCAAUAUCUGAAAAUACAGUUCCCGAUAGCGUAAUUGAGUUCAAGAGCGUACCUAUGUCGAGUACGGAAUCGAUGCUGGAUCGUAUAGUGUCUACCUCACAACCUGAGCUACCCACUCAAAUCCCGAAGGACGUUGAACUGCGUAUCUCGCCUGAUAUGAACGCAGCUGACCAGUCUACGAAAACGGAAGUUUCAGAACUUAACAAUUUUAUAACUUCUACGUUACUUCCUGUCACUGAAAUGCCGAUGACGUCGACGACAACGGAGCGUGCUACAACCACCUCUACAACCAGUACUACUCGUAAGACAACGUCGACAACCAAACCUGUGACUACAACUUUAACAACAACAACUACGACUGCAGCUCCCACCACGACGUUCAGAAGUUCGUCGUUUGUAACGACAACCAAGCCUUCUAGAAGAAGCUCUCAAACUGAUCAACUAGAAACCAACCUUAGACUACUUCAACAGUUUCUCGCUGGUAACCAGAGAGAUAUUGCAGCAACAAAAGCAGUCACUCAACCAACUACUGUUGCAAGAAGCUCUACCACCACAACAACUCCAAAACCCACUACUACGACCAGUACGACAACCACGACUACGACGACCACUCCAAGACCUACAACCACUACAACUCCUAGUACUACCACAACUAUUCGAACAACAACUCGUGCGAAAUCAAUAGAUAAUAGUCGCCUUAAUCAAAACUCGCUGGUUGUUCCGACAACUCAACGGCCCAGAACUACAACCUUCUCUGACGCAGAUGAUUUGCAAUUUUUGCGUCAGUUGGCGAGAUUUCUGAAUGGAGGUCAAGUUCCGGGUCAAACCACCAGAAGGACCACGAAAAAACCGAAGCCUACAACGACGACAACUACAACCACCACAACAACCACUACAACCACCACUACCCCGCGUCCAACAACCACAUCAACAACUAUUCGGCCAACGACGACCUUGCCUCUGAGUACGGUAAUCGUUGACAAAGAAGAUCCAGAUUUCCUGAAUGACGUGCGUAAACUACCAAACUUUGCCACUCCCAAUCCACUGGUGGAUAGCUCUCUGGCGAAUCGAAUUCUCCAGUUAGCGAUCAACCGUGAUCCAAAAAGUAUUUCGAUCAGUAACACACUCAACGGAGUUCCAGCAACUCAGAAGCCUCCUACACUUUCGCCCAUUGAGGUCGAGCAGACCAAGAAACAACUCGACAAAGAACUUCAAUCCUACAACAACGAUCUUCGCCUCCUAUCAUCCCUACUGGGACGUCCCAUAACCAGCAAAGACCUUCCAAAUCUGACCAAACAAUUGGCUCCAGCUCCGAAACCUACCACGACUUCAACCACUACGCCAAGAACCACAUCCACCACCACAACUCGCCGUACUCCUUCGGUGGACCAGCUAGCCCUCCAGCAGCUGCUGCUCCGUCAGCAACAACAGCACAAUUCUAGUCCCGCUGUUGCAGAAUCUGCUGAAUCAACCGAGCUCUACGGAAAAACCAACGAAGCAAUCCUCGCAACUGUUCUGAAGCAACGUGGAAUCGGGCCGGCCAACACCAAUGCCAACCUGGAGGAGAUCCUGGCCAAAAUAUCACCUCGCACCAAUGGUAACGGUGCAACCGAUCAGGCAACGGUACAACCGAUCAUCACCACGGCCCGUCCAAGGCCGCGUACUGCUCGCCCUCCGGAGCCACCACCACCACUACGGUCCUCACGGCCUAUUCUUGAUGGCCUAUCGUGGCUGUGGCGGGAGUGGCAAGCUACCGCACCGCAGCCUCGACAGCGACCUGCAGGCUAUUCGUCCGUUGGAGGUGCACCACCGUCCAGCACGUUCGGGCUAAGUGGAGGAUUAGGUGGUGGUGGCGGCGGAGGGGCAGGUCGACCACAAUUGCAAGCGUUCCGCGAUGAAGGGCUCGAUCCGGAUGCCAAACCCAUCAAUCCUAGCGUAACGGAGGAACCACCUUCGUUGUUCGGUGGAUUUGGAGGAAUAAACCCUGGUGGGCAGCUUUUGAACGCUGCGAUUGGUGUAACGAGAGCUGUUUCGCAGUUUCUGGGGGUUGCGCUGCAGGGAGCGGCCAAGAGCUUCACUACGGCUUUUAAUCCAGCGGCUCAACCUCCCACACCGGUGGACGAUCUGAGCUACUACAGGUUUAGCGGUAGAUGAACGGGCAAAUAGCUGGUUAACGGGACUUAAGUCAUACUCGUGUUAGCAUUCCAGAGCUGUACGCAUAGUUAGUUGUUGUUAUACUUACAAUGAGAUUUUGCUCAAUACGAGACUACUCCUGCGCUCGAUGCAGAGACGUAGCAGCGUGCGUUUGAGCCAAAUGGAUGUUUGAAGCGGAUGAAUGAGUGCGAGAAACGAAUUAGAGUUCUACGGAAAGUGUACUGAUAAGACUGUGAAUUUACUUUUAGUCUAUUUAUUAUUUGUUCUUGGUCACAAUGCUUAUCCGAUAUAUAGCUACCGAUCGGUAUUUUUAAUCUAGAUGCUAUGAACUGCAAGCUCUUACUAACGAAACAAGUUCUAAUGUGUGAUAAUGCUUCCGUUCUGUACGAUAGGUGAUUGCUUACAAAUUCCAUUUAAUUUAUAUGCUCAUCGUCCUCAAAAAUAUUUCCAUUUUCAAAGUAAUGUAAUUGGUAUAUUUUACGCUUCGGCAAUCGAUUGUGCCAUCUGUCGAGGGAAUCGGCUGUAGAUGAGGCACGUUCUAACGUAAUUUUAUGCGGUACAUAGUGAGAUGAGAUAUGCACGUUCACCCAACCGAGUCAAUCAACGAAAUCAAUAAGUGGACGACGAGAUAAACAGCAAACGGGAACUCAUACUGUGGUGUAAAACAUUGUAAAUAGGUUUUUGAAUAAAUAUGAAGCAAAUAGUUUUAAAAGUG